AGCGCAGAAAAGAAAACCCACCGAGGCGGGGACUGGCCUGGGCGGGGAGGGGCGGCGGAGCUGGAGCCCCUCUCUGUUGGGCGGACUCCCCAUGGCCAGAGGCUAAGCUCCACUCCCGCCGGCCGCUCCCUUGGGGAAGGGAAAGAAGAGGAGAGAGGAGCGAGAGGCCGCCAGCAAGAGCGCGGGCGGCAUCCGCGAGUCUGCAGAAGUUUGAGACUCGGCCGUGAACGGACUUGUGCGCCCGGAUUCUUUGCGGCGCCAGCGGAAAAGAGCAGGGACUGCCCGGCCGCGGCGCGCCGGCUUUGUCAUGAUGGCCAGCUACCCCGAGCCCGAGGACGCCUCGGGGGCCCUGCUGGCCCCGGAGACCGGCCGCGCAGCCAAGGAGCCCGAGGCGCCGGCGCCGCCCAGCCCGGGCAAGGGCGGCGGCGGCGGUGCGGGGGCAGCCCCGGAGAAGCCGGACCCGGCGCAGAAGCCCCCAUACUCUUAUGUGGCGCUCAUCGCCAUGGCGAUCCGCGAGAGCGCCGAGAAGAGGCUCACGCUGUCCGGCAUCUACCAGUACAUUAUAGCCAAGUUCCCGUUCUACGAGAAGAACAAGAAGGGCUGGCAGAAUAGCAUCCGCCACAACCUCAGCCUCAACGAGUGCUUCAUCAAGGUGCCGCGCGAGGGCGGCGGCGAGCGCAAGGGCAACUACUGGACGCUGGACCCGGCCUGCGAGGACAUGUUCGAGAAGGGCAACUACCGGCGCCGCCGCCGCAUGAAGCGGCCCUUCCGGCCACCGCCCGCGCACUUCCAGCCCGGCAAGGGGCUCUUUGGGGCAGGAGGCGCUGCGGGUGGCUGCGGCGUGGCGGGAGCAGGGGCAGACGGCUACGGCUACCUGGCGCCCCCCAAGUACCUGCAGUCCGGCUUCCUCAACAACUCGUGGCCGCUACCGCAGCCGCCUUCGCCCAUGCCCUACGCCUCCUGCCAGAUGGCGGCCGCCGCCGCGGCGGCUGCGGCGGCCGCGGCAGCCGCGGGCCCGGGCAGCCCUGGCGCGGCCGCGGUGGUCAAGGGGCUGGCGGGCCCGGCCGCCUCGUACGGGCCGUACUCGCGCGUGCAAAGCAUGGCGCUGCCUCCCGGCGUAGUGAACUCGUACAACGGUCUGGGAGGCCCUCCCGCCGCGCCUCCGCCGCCGCCGCACCCCCACUCACACCCGCACGCACACCAUCUGCACGCGGCCGCCGCUCCCCCGCCGGCCCCUCCGCACCACGGGGCCGCCGCGCCGCCCCCGGGCCAGCUCAGCCCAGCCAGUCCGGCCACUGCCGCGCCCCCGGCGCCCGCGCCCACCAACGCACCCGGCCUGCAGUUCGCCUGCGCCCGGCAGCCCGAGCUCGCCAUGAUGCAUUGCUCUUACUGGGACCACGACAGCAAGACCGGCGCGCUGCACUCGCGCCUCGAUCUCUGAGAGUGCAGCGCAUGAAGGCUGCGA